AUGGGUGACAAGAAGCUGUUCUUGUUUGUUGAUGUUGAGGACAAACCCACAGAAGUGUUUUGUAGCUCUGUAACAGAGGCAGCAACAAGCAAUGUGGGGCAUGAUAAUGUCACAGGACCAAUAGAUUCAAGCAAGGAGGCAUCAGUUUCUCAUGCAAUCGAUUGGGAUAGUCUGGAGAUUAUUCCUCUUGGACAAGAUCAAAUUAUUGGUGCCGCACUUCCUGUGAUGGAUGAAGAUGCAAUGUAUGAGUUUGUUGGCCUUAGGGCAGAGGAUGAGAGGGCUGAGCAAGCUAGGAUGGCUGCUGAAAUUAAUCUUGAUGAUGUGGACCUACAAGAUGCAGAGUUGUUGGUAGAUGAUCGUAUACCUGUGUACCAUUUUAGACUAGCCUAUGGUGGUGUGAUCAAACCACUACCUGAUAAGUCUCAAUGGGCAAGUGUGGAUCCUGGAUUUAACGUCCUACCACCACUCGAUAAGAGAGAGGUUGAAAGACAAAGGAAACUCAGAAUGCCUAGAUGCACUGAGAACAAGGGAAGCAAACCCAGGGGCAAAGGCAUGUGGCAAGUGCAGUGCAAAAAUUGCUUAGGUCAUGGCCAUAGGACAACAUCCCCAAAGUGUCCUCUCAAUGGAACAAAGAAGAGAAAAAGUCGGACCAAGAAAGGAAAGGCAGGUAGGCAUGCUGGUUCUACCAAAGGUGAUGCGGCUCCUAGUCCAUCCAUAAGGCAGAAGGUUCAUGUCCAAAUGCAAUUAACAAUGGUGGAAUUUGGAGGCACAAAUCAGAUCACUGCAAGCCCUAGAGCAGUUACUAGAAGUCAAACUGGAGAAGGGGCGAGUAAUACUAUAGCCACUCCAAGGAAGAGGCUAGGUCUGAAGAAAAAACUCACUCCAAAGAAGAGAAAGAAGAUCUAUGUUUGA